ACGCCACGAGGCGAACAACCAACUGCUUCCUUCCCCGCCGGCCGCCGCCGCCUACAACUAACACUUCACGUGCCCCCAUCCUUUUCCGCCUCAAGUCAAGUGUUCACGGUCCAUCCUCUCGAGAGUCUAGGCCCUUCUCCCGAAGCCGCAGACGCAGAAAACGGCUCUGCAUAUGGAGGCGAAGAAGAAGCCGUCGGCCCCCGCCGCCGUCGGAGCCGCGCCGCCGCCGCCGGGUAACGGGUACUUCAGCACCGUCUUCUCCGCGCCGACUGCGGGAAGCGCAAGUGACGCAAAGCAUGCGGACUUGUACACGAUGCUGAACAAGCAGAGCUCCAGAGGGCAGAAUGGCAGAGAUGGCAAAUCCCACAGCCGCCCUACUUACAAGGAUGGCAAACAUGCUCAUCCAAAUGAGCCAUCAGAAUCUCCUUACUUUGGCUCAUCCGUGCAUUACGGUGGUCGGGAGUUCUACAGCAGCGUUUUACGGAAGCAACCAGCCAAUGAACCCCAUACGGAUUACAAGGGGGACAACCCGGAUGGCUCUGCUACCAGAGGUGAUUGGUGGCAAGGUUCACUUUAUUACUGAAUAAUCUGCUGGGACCUCUCCCUUUUGUGAACAAGGAAUAAAAGGGGUAGAGCUGAGAAUGGUUUGUUGUAGUGUUGGAAGUGUUGACGCGAGCCGUCAAGCAUCGAUCAAUAGUAAUAGUUGUAAUAGUUGAAAGCUGCGUCGUGACUACAAGCAUCCUGUUGGUGGAGGCAGUAUUUUAGAUCCAUCAUCACGCCUGGACAGAUGUGGGUGUCCUUUUGUAUUCCUGUUUCCCUGGUUUAGGUGCAGGUGCUGUACUAAAAUGAUGAAACUCGCAGUUCGAUAAAAGCAGUUGCCAAAGAGUCGCAGCUGGCAGGAUUACUUGUCUACAAGCCAGCUAUAUGGCAUGGUUUGGCAGCCACCGUAUCUGAAUAAAAUCAUAGUACAAAAUCUCUGAAUAUAUAUGUCAUACGCA